CCGCCAAAUCGUAGUGGUCUUGCCUCAUGGCGGAUUUCAAAUUUUGACCGUCUAUGCAUAUCUACACGUAUUCGUUUUUUAUCUUUGGAUUAUUAACUAUCACAUGUACCGGAUGUAUACCUACUAUACCACCAGAGGACGUUGGUUUUGUUGAACGAAUUAUUGAUCAACUUGAAGCCCUGCCAGACCCUCCACAGUCAAUAAACAAUGUACUACCAGCCAUCCAAGAUUUUAGAAACGAACUGGUAAAAGCUAACAGUUUUUUGAUCUCUAAAACCUCCGAAGUAGCCGAAUCACCUUAUCAACCAUUCAAAGAAACCGCUGCAGUAUUUGCCGGAUGUCAAAUAAAUCAAAUUAAAUUCACAUCUCCGGAAACGGGGAAAAAGUUGGGAAGGACGAUAAUUCCACCAGAUCUCAAGUGCGUCAAAAAGUCAUUAUUCGGGUGUGACGUUGCCCACUUAUCAUGUAAAGUUCCAGCUGAUUCCAAGUAUCCACUCAUUUCUGGAUUUGCAAAAAUCGAUAAAGCUGAUUGGGCAACAACAGAUUUGACUGCAACAAGAGCAGAUUUCAAGCUAGACUGUGAUAUUUUUAAUCGAUGGACCUACAUAUCAGACAUUCCUGGACUUGAAGGAAGAGUUUAUCCAACGAAUGAAGUUUCGUGUCUUUUGGUGCCAAUUAUCACAGAAAUGAAUCAAGUCGAUUUUCAAGAAAUACAUUAUGAUGUUUAGAAAAGUACUGUUUAAAAGAAUUAAACGAGUAGUGACGGAUUCAAAUUAUUUAGCUUUAGCUCCCAAAAAUUCGAUUUCCAAAAGGCAUUCCAAUAAACGUACAAAAUUGAAAAUGUAAUUAAUUUUUAUAAAAAAGAUUUUGAAUUAAGCUAACACUUGUAUUUUUCUUAACUUUUAAGUGUUGUAGCUUGGAUUAACUCAAGUUUUAUUUCACUAUUUAUGUCAAAUACAUGACGAAAAGUAUAAAAUUCACAUGCAUUUUCCUCCUUUUUACCAAAAUUUCGAUGUACCGUGUAAACAUAUUAAUUUUUGAGACUUUUAUGAAGUUUCGUUAGGAAAUUCAGUUGUCGGGGCUAAGUCUUUCCAAACAAUUAUUUCAAUCCGUUGCUCCUCCUUUAAAUUGUUAAAUAUAAUCACUUCAUAUGAUUUUGAAGCUGGUGCUCUCAAUGAUCUUGAUCUUCAGUUGUCCUCUCAUGUUUCGUCUCUUUAUAAAGAUUUUCGAAGA